ACGUAUGGCGGAAGGGCAGGUGCAACAGCAUCAUCACAACAACCGUUAUCAUCGCAGAGGAAAAGGCCACCGAGGCUGCAGCUGGGCCUGCAGAUACGCAUUGUGAUAGAGGAACACAUCUAUUGAUCGUUUUUGUUGUCGGAGACUCUGGAGGCCCGUCGACAUGACUCUGAACCAGAACAACUCUGAGUCCGGCGGAGUCAUUAUCAACAACAGUGAAAGUGUGUUGAUGAACCAUGAUAAUGUGGAGCUGGUUUUCUGUGAUGCAGACAGUCUGCCUGAAGCCUUUAGAAAGAGCAAGAAGGGCAGCAUCUACCUAACCCCAUACAGGGUGAUCUUUCUGGCUAAAGGGCGGGAUGCGCUGCAGUCCUUCAUGAUGCCCUUCUACCUGAUGAAGGGCUGUGAGAUCAAACAACCUGUACUGGGAGCCAAUUACAUCAAAGGCACCAUCAACGCAGAGCCUGGAGGUGGCUGGGAGGGCAGUGCUACGUUCAAGCUUGUCUUUGCUGCAGGGGGAGCUAUAGAAUUCGGCCAGUGCAUGCUACAGGUUGCAGCUCAGGCAUCAAGAGGUCAGCCAGUGACUGCUGGGUUUGGUGGAUGCCCUUACAUGGCCAACGGGGCCUAUGCUUACCCUCCUCCUCCUCCUGCUAAUGGGAUGUAUGCUCCUGGACCUCCACCUGGCUACUCCUACCCUAACCCUCCUCCACCCGGUGGAUUCUACCCCAACCCCCCGGCGUUUGACGCCUCUGCAGCCUAUGUACCACCACCUCCUUAUUCUGCUCCUCUGGGUCAGCAGCCCCCACAUGACCCAGACCUCCCCUCCUCAGCAGCAGCGGAGGCCAAAGCGGCCGAGGCAGCAGCGAGCGCCAGCUGUGCCACUCUGCCUCCGACACACGUGUACCUGCCACAGGACAAACCUCCUCCCUACUCCCCUCCAGAAGACAAGAAGAACCAGUAGACCCUGCUUGAUCUCACCGUCAUUCCCAUCUGUCUCCUGUAUCAUCCUACUGGAUCACUUCGUUUCUCAUCCCAUUGACAGGACAUCAGGAAGCCCAAGGUUUUCCUUCAUCGUUUCUUCUUUGUCAGCCUCCUAGUCCCCUUCCUAUUCCUUUCAUAUCCCUUUUCUUUCUUAUUCCAUUGCUUUUCUGCCUCAGUCUAUACCAUUUACAUUCCUUUUAGUGAUUGAUAUAUUGUAAUGAGAUUCGUUCUCUUUGAGAAGCACCUUUACUUGAUGGAAACUAGAAGUAUUGGUAACAGUUUCUGAAAGAAACAAGAAGAUUGUUCCAGCCAAAGUUGUCAGGAUUUUGUAAUGCGACUAGCUAUUUUAGCAUUCAUUGCCUUGCAGUUGUCCCGAGAAUCAUACCGCCAUCCUGAACUUUCGAUUGAGCUAUGCCGUGAAGCUCACGUCUAAUUUUCUACGAUCGCCUAUUAUACAAAGCUGAAUCGGAUGACUUUUAAUUACUUUGCUUAUCUACUCUGAGGCAAGCUGAAUGCAGUGUUUUAUUUUUCUAUUAUUUGUGUGUACAGGCUUUUAAUAUGUAGAAAAGACCGCAAUAUUUUCUCAAGAACACUAACCUAGAGGAAAACCUAGCUUUUGUAAAGAGGGCAGAUUGCAGGGUGGCCCGGGUCUGCCUUGACACGUUUCAGCGAAUGAGAGGACCACAAAGAUUAGAGCAGCUUGGAGCCCCAGCAGUGAAUCCCUGAUCCUGGAUUAUAGCAGAGAGUGAGGGCGACCAGGGCCUAGAGGGACGUACUGCCAGGAGGGAUUAUCUUUAUAAUGUACAAGAGCAGAGCAGUCACCCAGUGAUGUCACUUCCUGUUUUGUCAUGUUUCUGAACAUUCGAGAGCACACAUGAUCAGACUUAUUGCUUCAUCGAUCAUUCUUCUAAACAUUUUAAAAAACAAACAGGACCGUUUCUCACAGGGCUUUCUCACUGUUUCUACUAUCUGUGGUUGUGAUCUGAACUCUCCAGUUUGUGAUGAGUCUCCAAAUCUGAUCUGAGCAUCUCAUUAUCUGAGCCUCCACUCUUAACUUCCUCUAUGGUCACUAAUCUAUAUACUGUAUCUGUGGCUCCUACUGCGCACUUUCAGAAUGCUAUGCAUCAGGUUCCUCUUUGCUCUGUCAUGACUGUGUGUAUAAUAAUAAUAAUAAUGAUGAUAAUAAAGCUCUGUAUUUAUUUCAAACUAAUUUAUUGGAUAAUUCAUGUAAAAUGGUUCCCGUAAGAAAAACAAAGCAUGACCUCAACUAAUGCAUGUAUGCAUUGGAUUGGAUUUUAUUAAAUGGAUCUUUGUUCAUGUGAAAACA